AAAACUUAUUUCGUGGGCCAACUUCUCUUGGCCCAUCCACCCGUUCCCACUCUUCCUGCCCGCCGCCGCCGCCGCGACCUCGCCGUCGGCGUCGCCUCCCAUCCUCGCAUUGCCGGCGGUGGCGGCGGCCCCGCCCCUCCCUACCCCACCUACGAUGUUAUCGCGAUGCGCCAGCUCCGCCGCCCAAUGCUCGCCUCGCCCCCACUCCCGCUCCCCGCCUCGCCGCCCCAUGGCACUCCCGUCUCCGGCGCCGCCGCCGCCGCCUGUUGCAAUGACGACGCCUGGUCAGCUUCGGAGUCAGCUACCAUCGACCUGCACCGGCGCAGCCAGCUCUCGUCCACAUCAGGAUCUCUCUGGUACCGCACCUGCUCUCUGGUCUGGACUUAUAUGAAAUGCUUGAUUACUAGUAGUAUUCACUUCUUGUUGUAACUUGUAUAUUAUAAUGUAAUUUGCGUUUUGCUAAAUGAAUUUUUUAUACAUAUAUAAUGGAAUAAAUGAACUGGAAAUUGGUUAAAUCUAGACAAAAUUUUACAUAUCUUUGCUGAUUGAAGAAACUUGAGAGGGAUGGUUGUAAAUUGUACACAAGGGAGAACAUCAUCAGAUGAACGACCGGUUGGUUACAUUUAUGUUGAGAUACUAGAGAAGAUUGAACAAAAUCCUACUACUAGCUAAUAAUUCUCUGUUUAUUAAGGAGAUUGUAGCUAAUGCUUGUUUUCUCCUUGAUUUCCACUUGCUCAAUCCUUUUCUCUCCUGGUCUUGAAAUUGAUACCUUCCUUGUGAGUCUUGGUGCACGGAAUACCUGUACCAAAUCUUGCCAAAUUGAGGAAAUGCAGUAGCAUAUAUUCUUGGACUCCAAGUGAUGACUGGGGAGGCAAGUCAGGCACCUGAUUUUUCUCCUGUCUCAAGAAAGACUUCGCUUCUAGCGGAUGCUGCUUGUGCUUCACUCUUAGAUUCUUAGAGCAUAUUAACUAGAUACAAUAGACACAUAAAUUGUCUGGUGCGAGACUAGUUACCAAGCAAUCGAUCCCACUUUACACCCCUUGCUAGACUCAGACUGUAAUCUAGAUCCAAGCAAAACAAACAUGGCGAUGAUCCUGGAUGCAUUUGCAUCCAGCCUUGGUGACAUACUCAUUGAGACAAUGAAAGAGGAGGCAAGUUUGAUGCUCGGUGUCUCUGAUGAGAUCAGAAAGCUGUAUGACACCCUGAACAGCCUCAAGAAAUUCCUACAAGACGCAGAGAAGAAGCACAUCACCAGCAGCUAUGCACAAGACUGGGUCAGGAAGCUGAAGGGUGCAAUGUAUGAAGCGUCUGACAUCACUGACCUUGUUCAGAUCAAGGCCGAGGAGCGGCGCAUAUCCAUGGACACCUCUUCGGGCUGCUUCCACUCCUUUCUGCUUUGCUUGCAGGAUCCUCUUUUUGCCCACAGGAUAGGAAGCCAAAUCAAGUCAGUUAACCAGAAGAUGGAUGAUUUAUGCAAGCAAGCUGCUCAACUAAACUUCAUCACCAACCUCACCGAUGGAAAUGGCAAGCACAAGGUCAUUGACAAGACGGCACCAGGGCUUGUUCCUAGAGACGCUGUUGGAAAGAAGCUCGAGCAAGAUACAAGGAUGCUAGUAGAGGUCCUCACAAAAGAGGAGAAGGCCAGUGGUGGGGAAAGCAAUAAUGUUCAUGUAGUUGCUAACAGCGACACUGAAAGCAACAACGUUACUGUUGUUGCUAUCCUAGGUAUCGGAGGGAUUGGCAAGACUACCCUUGCCAAAAAGAUCUACAGUGAUCAAGCGGUCGAAGACUCAUUUAACACGAAGAUAUGGUUGAGCGUCACUCAGGACUUUAAUGAAGUUGAUCUGCUCAGAACUGCCAUAGUUGCUGCCGGUGGUGACCACUGUGGCGCUCAAGAGAAGUCCUUGCUUGAGCCAAUUUUAGUUAGUGCCCUGACAGCGAAGAAGUUUUUGCUGGUGAUGGAUGACAUAUGGAAUCAAAAGCCAUGGGAGAAGGUGCUUAGAGUUCCAACCAUUAAAGCAGGUGCUCGUGGAUCUCGAGUUCUGAUCACCACGAGAAAUGAAGGAGUUGCUCGAGAGAUGAAUGCUGUGCACUUGCACCAUGUCAGCAAAUUGGGACCUCAAGAAGCAUGGGCCAUGCUCAAGGAACAGUUAGACUUGAGUGGACCUGAGACUAAAAGACUCAAAGAAAGUGGGAUGAAGAUUGUAGAAAAAUGUGAUGGCUUACCGCUUGCAAUCAAAGUAGUAGGAGGAGUCUUGUGCAAGAGAAAUAAAACUGAAAAUGAUUGGGAAAAGGUUCUAGGCAAUCAGGUAUGGUCAAAAAUUGGACUGCCUGAUGAACUAAACAAGGCAAUAUAUUUGAGCUAUGAAGACCUGGUUCCUAAUUUGAAGCAGUGCUUUGUAUAUUACUCACUUUUUCCUAAAGAUGAAAUUAUUGGUCCAGAUAAGGUUGUUGCCAUGUGGACUGCUGAAGGAUUUCUUGGAAAUGAUGGAAAUUCAACACAAUUAGGAAUGGAUUACUACAAGGAAUUAAUUAUGAGAAAUCUUUUAGAGCCUCACGAUGACUACUAUAAUCAAGAAUACUGUCUCAUGCAUGAUGUUGUCCGCUCCUUUGCUCAGUAUGUUGCUAGAGAUGAAGCUUUAGUGGUUGGGGACACAGAAAAUAUGACAAACCUCACAUUAUCAAAUUUUUUCCGGCUAUCUAUAUCAGCAAAUGAAAUAGAGUGGAGUAAUUUACAAAAACGGCACUCACUAAGAACUUUGUUAUUAUUUGGAAAUAUCAAGUUUAAGCCUGGUAAUUCCUUAAGUAACCUUCCUUUUCUACGGACAAUACACAUAAGAGAUGCACGAUGUGCUACAUUGAUUGGCUCAUUGUGUCACCUCAAACACUUGAGAUACUUGGAACUAGGGUACACAAACAUAUCUGCACUGCCCCAGAACAUUGGUAAGAUGAAAUUUUUAGAGCACAUCGGUCUUCGAGGAUGUCACAGUUUGGCAGAACUUCCUAGCAGUAUUACAGAGCUACCAAAGUUAAGGCACCUCAGUAUUGAUGAAACAAAGAUUAAUGCUAUUCCGAGGGGUUUUAAAAGAUUAGAAAAUUUGGAGAUGCUUUGGGGGUUUCCUGUCCACAUUAUUAUUGAAAACACUGGAGAAUACAGAUGUAGUUUGGAAGAGUUAGGGCCUCUUUCAAAACUCAGGAAGCUUAAAUUGAUUGGUCUAGAGAAUGUACCUUAUAGCUCUAUGGCAACACUAGCUAAGCUUAAAACCAAGGAAAAUCUCAUAUGCCUUGAAUUAUGGUGCACAAGUGGAGUGACAGUCAGUGGUAGGGUCAAAGAAUCUAUUGCCAUGGCUGAUCAGGAACAAAUUGUAGAUGUCUUUGACAAGCUUUACCCUCCACUCUGCUUGGAGGAGCUAACUAUCGGAGGAUAUUUUGGCGACAAGCUCCCGAGUUGGAUAAUGAUGCCAGCAAAAUUCCUUAAAAAUAUGAGACGGUUGGACCUACAGGACAUGGCUAACUGUGCACAUCUUCCUUCAGGUUUAGGUCAGCUCCAAGAUUUGGACUGCCUAGUAAUUAAUCGUGCACCACAGAUUGAGCAAGUUGGAUAUGAUUUCUUCGUCCAAGGAGGACAGAGGAAAACUGACAACAGGAAUCCCAGUCAUGCUGUAUUUUUUCCCAAGUUACAUGAGUUAUGUCUUCAAGGAAUGAUAAAAUGGAAGGAGUGGACAUGGGAGAAACAUGUGGAAGCCAUGCCUGUUUUAAGUGUGCUUAAUAUCAGAAACUGUAAGUUGCACUAUCUUCCUCCUGGUCUUUCCUACCAGGCAAAGGCACUUAGAAGGUUAUCCAUAGCUAAUGUUCAGCACCUAAAUUGUCUUGAGAAUUUCAGUUCAGUUAUUAAGCUUGAUGCUUAUGACAACCCUGAUCUAGAGAGGAUAGCCAAUCUUCCCAACAUGCAGAAUCUAACUGUUGUUGGGUGCCCAAAACUGAUGGUAUUUAAUAAUGUGAAAUCACUUCGGAGCAUUCAAUUGGGGAUUAGUGAGAUGGAAACACUCCCGGCAUACCUGCAAGAUACAAAAUUGGAACAGUUAGAGAUUGCUUGUAGCUUAAAGCUGCUUAAAUUGAUGGUCAAGAAAGAGUCUUGGUCGGAGUGGGGAAAGAUCAGUAAUAUCAUGCAUGUUAAGGGGUUUGCUAGUGAAAAUGGCAGGAGAUGGUAUAUAUCCUACACAAAACACCCCUUCUCCUUUGAUACAAAUAUUGAAUAUACCCUCGAACUUCCAGAGGAAACAGGAUAUGAAGCUAAUAUCGCAAUGGAGAAGAUAUGAAUGAUUGUUGUUAAUAUAACUCUCACUAUACAGUUACACUUGAGAAAAAAAAAAGUUAAGCAUUGAACUGGCACUUCCUAGUGGAAUAUGAAAACUCCCCGGCUAUAUCUACUCGGAGAAAGAGAGGUGAAUAUAUAUAGUUGAUGCAAUUCAUUUUGCAAUGGGACUCUACGAUCUCGUGCAAUUGCAAGAUAUGCUUUCUAAUUGAGAAACAAACUUAUUUCUUUUGUAGUUUCAGAAUAGUCCAUGACUUCAUGUUCUCUGAAAACCUUCAAUGUAGUAUUUUACAAUUCUUUUACAUCCUUCGGUUUAAUUAACAUACAAAGAACUUCAAGUGCUUCUAAAACAUAUCAAACUAGCUAGCUCAUUUUUCAAGUUCAGUAUGGGUAGUUUGCAACGCCGUAAUGUGUGGGGAGCAGCUCCACCAUCACUGUUUGAUGUAUUUGCCUCCACUCUUGUCAUGUUUCUAAGCCAAGACAAGGCAUAUCAACUGAAGUAUGGGGAAAGGAAAUUGGAAUUUUCAAGCAGUUCCA